AUGUCGAAUUUGUCAAAGCUUGAGUUUGUAACACUUGACAUUUCUAGAAAGAAUUACCUAUCAUGGGUUCUUGAUGCUGAGAUUCACUUAGCUGCUAAAGGCCUUGGUGACACCAUUACUCAGGUGAAAGAUCCACUUGAAUUGUGGACUGGCAUGAAGGAAAGGUAUGAUCACCUUAAGGCUACAGUAUUUCCAAGGGCUCAAUAUGAGUGGAUGCACUUACGGUUGCAAGAUUUUAAGACCCAGCAAUACCGUGAAAGGGGUUUUAAAAAGUAUUCUGAAUUGAUCUCAUGCCUUCUGGUGGCUGAGCAACAUAAUACCCUUUUGCUGAAAAUUCAUGAAGCUCGUCCCACAGGGUCAGCUUUACUUCCUAAAGCGAAUAUGGCAGCUAGACGUGAUAAGUCUGGAAAAAUAGAAUAA